UUCCGCCCCGCGGCCGCUUCCGCUUCCGGCGCGGUCCCCGCGUGUGCGGUGCGGGGCGAUGCGGCCGCUGACGGAGGCGGAGACGCGGGCCGUGUUCGAGAAGCUGGGCCGAUACAUCGGUGAGAACAUCCAGCUGCUGGUGGACCGGCCCGAUGGCACCUACUGCUUCCGCUUGCACCGCGACCGCGUCUACUACCUGAGUGAGAAGCUGCUGAAGGUGGCGACCAGCAUCCCCCGGGACAACCUGGUGUCGCUGGGCACCUGCUUCGGGAAGUUCACCAAGACACAGAAGUUUCGGCUCAGCGUCACGGCCCUGGACUUCCUGGCGCCCUACGCCAAGUACAAGGUGUGGGUGAAACCCGGCUCCGAGCAGUCCUUCCUCUAUGGCAACCACGUCCUGAAGUCGGGCCUGGGCCGCAUCACGGAGAACACGGCGCAGUACCAGGGAGUGGUGGUGUACUCCAUGGCCGAUGUACCCCUGGGCUUUGGGGUGGCUGCCAAGUCCACGCAGGAGUGCCGAAAGGUUGACCCUAUGGCCAUCGUGGUAUUCCACCAGGCUGAUGUUGGGGAGUACGUGCGGAACGAGGACACGCUGACCUAAGGGACCUCAAGCAUUUCUGACUAGAAUGGACCUUGUCCUGCACCAUUGGUGCAGCAGCAGCACAGGGAGCCCCGGGGAACCCACCCUGAGCAGAGCAGAGGUGGUGGGAGCCACCAGGAUGCAGCUCUGAAUCCCUGGGAGGGGGGCAAAGAGGCUGCUGCCAGUGUGAGGAGAAGCUCCCCCUGCACCAGCCUUGCCCCUGCCAUCACAUAAAGCCUGUUGCUUCUCCCAGA